GUGGCAGAGGUGACGGAGAGCUUUCACACAUGCACGGAAGAAAGGCCCGGUUACUCUUUUCACCAUUGGGUAUUUGAUGAGUUAACCCUUUUCAAUUUCUCAUUCAAUUUCAAAGUAUUUAAACUAUUUUUUGUAACUAAAGGAGAAUGAGUAACACUCUAAAGGAGAAUGAGUAACACACUAAAGGAGAAUGAGUUACACCCAACUUUUAAGUCAUUUUGAAAGCGUUUCUCGUUGGAACAAUUUUGGAUCUUAAAACAUAUUCACGCUCUGAAUUAUAACGAUGUGAAGCGGUGAACUAGAAGACGUGCCCGGGCAGCAGCUCUCCUUUCUGUAGCACCAUUGUUGGGUCAAUUUCUACAUCAUAGGGAAUUACAAUGUAGUAGCAUAGCCAAAUGAGAAUGCAAUCAAAGGGUUAUGAGAAUGCUGCUUAAAAGUGUAUCUCGCCAGCUCUACAACAUUAGAAAGUGGGUAAGUAACUGCAUAGCCAAUAGAGAUCUAGUGGGGUUAUUAUACAGCAGGUCCAACAGACUUGAAAUAGACUCCAGAUUUAGUUAGUUCAAUCUGUAAAUCUAUUUAUCUGACUUUCCAUAUGUGUACAUAGGUGGAAACUUCCCACCAAUAAAAGCUCCACCAAACGAUUUCUCGCUGAGAUUUAGCCUGUGUAUUCAAUUGUCUCAUUCUGUACAAUUGCAGGUGAAACACUGGUAGUGGAAAUAAUCAUUCAAAGAGCAAAUUUCUAACGGUCGUUGUUACUGGACAGUCUUUAGUUUGGUUGCCUCCUCCAUGUUAACCCGGUGUCUUCUUCCCCUGGGGACUAAACCCACUCCACAAGGUUCCACACGUGUAAAGAUCGAAAAAACUUAACACGGGGGGUCGGCCGAUUCAGGGAGAUCCUACGGGCCGUGGAGACCCGGACCACCCAGAACCUACGCAUGACCAUCGCCAGGCAGCUAGCAGAGAUCCUGCUGAGGGGGAUGUGUGAACAGAGCUACUGGUCUCCGAUGGAAGACCCGCCCACUGUGUCCCCAUUGGAUGACCCGUCACAACAAGGACACACCCACAGCAACAAGACCUACAGCCUCAGCCGCCGCCCGAGGAUCUACUCCGGAGAGAAUCUCUUUUGUCCUCAGGAGAACACUGAGGAGGCCUUGCUGCUGCUCCUCAUCAGCGAGUCCAUGGCCAACCGAGACGCCGUGCUGAGCCGGAUCCCCGAGCACAACAACGACCGCAUCAUCAGCCUGCAGUCUGCCUCCGUGGUCUACGACCUGCUCACCAUAGCUCUGGGGAGGAGGGGCCAGUACGAGAUGCUCUCUGAGUGCCUGGAGCGAGCCAUGAAGUUUGCCUUUGAGGAGUUCCACCUGUGGUACCAGCUGGCGCUGUCGCUGAUGGCGGCUGGCAAGUCGGCGCGGGCCGUCAAGGUCCUGAAGGAAUGCAUCCGGCUGAAACCCGAGGACCCCGUCAUCCCGCUGCUGGCCGUCAAGCUGUGCAUCGGACCCCUCCACUGGCUUGACGAAGGGGAAUGCUUCGCCAAGAUGGUGGUGGACAUGGGGGAGAAGGCUGCAGAGUUCAGGGCCAAGGGCUACCUGGCCGCCGGCCUGGUGUACAGCCUCAAAGCCACCGACGCAUCCCUGCGAGGCACGCAGGAGGAAUACCAGAGGAAAGCAUUGGGAGCGUUCCAGAGAGCACAGAGUCUAUCUCCCACUGAUCACCUGGCGUCUUUCUACCUGGCGCUGCAGUUGGCUGUCUCCAGACAGAUCCCUGAGGCUCUGGGCUACGUGAGGCAGGCCCUGCAGCUGCAGGGGGACGACGUCCACUCCCUCCACCUGCUGGCUCUGCUGCUGUCCGCCCAGAAGCACUACCACGACGCCCUGAACAUCAUCGAGAUGGCCCUCUCCGAGUACCCAGAGAACUUCAACCUGCUGUACACCAAGGUGAAGCUGGAGACCCUGUGUAGAGGACCGGAGGAGGCGCUCCUCUCUUGUAAACACAUGCUGGAGAUCUGGAAGAGCUUUUACAACCUCACCAACCCCAGUGACUCGGGGCGUGGCAGCAGUCUGUUGGACAGAGCCAUAGCAGACCGACGACAGCUCAACGCCAUGACUCUGCCUGACUUCAGCGACCCAGACACUGGCGGCUUUCAGGACAGUAGUGCUCUGGGCUUUCCCUCCAUGUUUUAUGUUUGUUCGGUCCACGCUACGUCCAUCGCGGCGAGCCGCGUGGAGCAGGCCCUCUCCGAGGUGGCCUCGUCCCUGCAGAGCAGCGCCCCCAAACAGGGACCCCUGCACCCCUGGAUGACCCUGGCCCAGAUCUGGCUGCAUGCAGCCGAGGUGUACGUGGGGAUGGGUAAGCCGGCCGAGGCCACGGCGUGCACCCAGGAGGCGGCCAACCUCUUCCCCACCUCCCACAACGUGCUGUACAUGAGGGGCCAGGUGGCCGAGCUGCGCGGCAACGUGGACGAGGCCAAGCGCUGGUACGAGGAGGCGCUGUCCAUCAGCCCCACGCACGUCAAGACCAUGCAGCGGCUGGGUCUGAUCUUACAGCAGCUCCAGCGCUACAGUCUGUCAGAGAAGGUGCUGCGAGACGCCGUGCAGGUCAACAGCACGGCCCACGACGUGUGGAACAGCCUGGGGGAGGUGCUGCAGGCGCAGGGCAACGCCGCCGCCGCCACAGAGUGCUUCCUGGCCGCCCUGGAGCUGGAGGCCAGCAGCCCCGUGCUGCCCUUCACCAUCAUCCCCCGGGCGCUAUGAGACACACACACACACACACACACACACACACACACACACACACACACACACACACACACACACACACACACACACACACACACACACACACACACACACACACACACACACACACACACACACACACACACACACAAUCACACAAAGCUGCAGUGUCACACCCAUGAGCUCAAACUGUGCGAGACGAUUUCACCUACAGCAAACUUACACACACACACACACUCACACACACACACACACACACAUACAAAUGCAUUCUUGACUGCCAGGCCAUCUUUAGAAACACAGAAAUACGAAGCUGAAACACAACGGCAUUCAGGAUGUGUUCUUAACCCGGCUGUGUCACCCUUCCCCACCCUGCGCCCCCCCCCCCCCCCCCCCCCCCCCCCCCCCCCCCGAGACUGUAAAGCAUCUAUGUGCCAGUGGGGUUGCCAUGUCAAUACGGUCGCCCAAUCCCAUUCUCCAAUUGGUGGCGUUUGUGUUGAUGCACUCACCCUAAUGAAUCAUCAACCAUUUUGCAUGCUAGUAAUUGUGUGUGUGUGUGUGUGUGUGUGUGUGUUCAUCUUUGUUUGUGCAUUUACAUCCGUGUGUGUGUACAGGAUGCGUGUUGACAUUUUGCCUGUGUAUAUUUGUAUGUCCAAUACCGUUGAUAAGUUGUUAAUGUCGUUGUUAAGUUAAGUACUGCUAUCCUGCUACCUAGUCUUGUGUUUUCAAUGUUUUAGAAUAUGCAUAGAAGAACCUAUGCCAUUAACACAUGUUUCACCCUCUCGCACACGUGUGACUCACACAUACAUGUGAGUUUCAUGCACACACAGAAACAUGGUGCAUCGCGUAAUGACCUUUUGUGUCACUGUAGCCGAGCCAGUUCUAUGAGUCAACCUGUAGUGUUCCCCAUUGACCACAGGGGGACAUGAGAUAUGUGCACAUUUGUGUGAAUGCCAAAAAAAGACCUGCUGAGUCUACCAAGGCUACCUGCUAAUUAUUACCUGUAUCUCCUACAGAUAAUCUAGAGCUAUUAACGCUAGUACUUUAUUUUCCAUCAAGAUGUAUAAAUUAUCAAUUAAAUCAGGACUUGUGUUUCCUGUUGUGUGUAUAAAUGCCACCUAUAGUGACUGUCUGCUUCAGUUCUCUGUAACUUCCAGCCAAAUAAAUAUUUUCUUUUUCUAUUUA